GGGGGGGGGGGUGUUGUGUGUGCAUAUUCAAACCAAAAACUGAAUCAUCUUUGCUAUGCAUGCAAGAAACCACAGAUGUGGUCCCGAGAUCUAUCCUUCUACUUUUUUCUUUCCAUUUUUCUGUUCUUCAUCUUCCUUCUCAAAUGUUGGAUGACCAUUCGAAAUCCCAGAAAGAACCUUCCGCCAUCUCCCUUAAAGCUUCCGAUAAUCGGAAAUCUGCAUCAGCUUGGCAAACUCCCCCACCGCUCGCUCCGUUCGCUGGCUCAGAAACAUGGCCCACUGAUGCUGCUUCACUUCGGCAGCAACCCGGUUCUUGUCGUCUCCUCCGGCGAUGCCGCCCGAGAGAUCAUGAAAACCAACGACCUCGCCUUCUCCAACAGACCCAAAUCCACCAUUACCAGCAAGCUUAUGUAUGAUUGCAAAGACGUUGUUUUCGCUCCUUACGGGGAGUAUUGGCGGCAGAUCAGAAGCAUAUGCAUGCUCGAGCUUCUCUGCAGCAAGAGGGUGCAGUCAUUUCGCGCCGUGAGAGAGGCAGAAACUGCCCUUCUGAUUGAGAGGAUCAUGGGAUCUUUCUGCUCCGCCUCUCCCUCGGUGGUGAUAAAUCUAAGCGAAAUGUUGGCGGAGCACAUCAAAAACGUAGUGUGCAGGGAGGUGCUGGGGAGGAAGUACGGCGGCGGAGCGGGAGGAGGGAGGAAGUUUAAGGAGAUUUUGAUGGAGUUUAUGGAGCUGUUGGGUUGUUUCAAUGUGGGGGACUAUAUUCCAUGGAUGCGAUGGUUGGGCCAUUUGAAUGGUUCAUAUGGUAGAGCUGAUAAGGUUGCUGAGGAAAUUGAUACUUUUCUAGAACUUGUAAUUCAAGAACACGUGGAGGAAAGAGAGAGAAACGGCGACGGCAAAGUUACAGGUGAAAGUCGACAUGAUUUUGUGGAUGUUUUGCUUCAAAUUCAGAGAGACAAAGUUGCUGAUUUUCCACUUCACAAGGAUACCAUCAAAGCUCUUAUCAUGGAUAUGUUUAUAGGUGGAGUUCAAACUACAUAUACAACUUUAGAAUGGACAAUGACAGAACUCUUGAAAGAUCCAAAAUCUAUGAAGAGACUCCAAAAUGAAGUGCGAGAAAUAGGAAGAGGCAAGCAAGCAAUAGUCGAGGAUGACUUGAAAAAAAUGCCAUACUUGCAAGCUAUAAUUAAAGAAAUCAUGCGUUUACACCCUGCAGGUGCUCUGAUUCCUAGAGAAUCAACUCAAAAUGUGAAAGUAAUGGGCUAUGAUAUAACAGCCAGUACGCAAGUGCUUAUAAACACUUGGGCAAUUGGUAGGGACCCAUUGGUAUGGGAUGAGCCUGAAGAGUUCAAACCAGAAAGGUUUUUACAUAGCUCCAUAGAGCUUAAAGGGCAUCAUUUUGAGUUGAUUCCAUUUGGUGCUGGUCGAAGGAGCUGUCCAGGAGCUCAGUUUUCAUUGGCGGCUCUUCAGCUUGCAUUAGCAAAUCUAAUGUUGAUGUUUGACUUCGCAUUACCUGGUGGAGAAAGAGCAGAGGAGUUGGACAUGAGUGAAAUUGCUGGGUUGGUAAUCCACAAAAAGCUUCCUUUAUCAGCUAUUGUAACAAUGUGUUCAUGCUAGUGUAACAAUAUAUAUAUAUAUAUGCGUGUUUGUGUUAUUAUGUCUAAAUAAAUGUUGUAUCAUGUAUAUGUAUUUAUUAUAGUAUGCAUUUAAGAGAAUUAAUUAUAUUAUUGUUGAUUAAA